AUGAUAAAAUACAAAGAUGAAGAAGAUGUUGACUUUGUCAAAGAAAAAGGAAAAGGAAAAGGAAAACAAGUUGAAGAAGAUGCAGAUACAGAAGAAAAUGAUGACAUUGGUGCAGAGCAUGUACUUCAAAAAUAUCCAGAUUAUAGAGAACUAUAUGGAUGGUUUGAAAGGUUUGUAAACAUUGAAAAAGUGUUUAACAAAAGCAUUGGUGAAUCAUCAAGAACAAGAGAAAAAGAAAAAGAAAAUGAGACAGGUGAAAAAGAGUUUGAACAUCACUUAGAAACACAAAAAGGCGAAGAAAAUGCUCCAACAGAAACAAAAUACGAUAAUCCAAACUUUGAAGAUAAUAUGCCAAACACACCAAAUAUGGAGACUGAUCAAAAGGAUUUUCUUACCAAUGAAUCUCAAGGAGAAGGAACAACAAACAACAAAGAAGAAAAGGGAAAUGAAAAAAACAUACUUGAAGAAAGAAUGAUCAAGGAAAAGGAAAAGAAAAACAAGUUUACAAAAGAUCAAAGAGGACAACAACUAAAACAGAGCCUUACCAAUCACCUUACAUGA